UCCCGCAGCAUGGCUGAAAAGCCGGGCCCGGUGUCCGAGUGCCCGGUCUGCUGGAACCCCUUCGACAACACCUUCCGCACCCCCAAGCUUCUCCAUUGCCGCCACUCCUUCUGCAUCGAAUGCCUGGCCCACCUGAGCCUGGUGUCGCCCGCCCAGAACCGGCUGCAGUGCCCGCUUUGCCGCCAGCCCACCGUGCUGCCACCCGAGCAGCCCGUGACCGAGCUGCCCACCGACGCCGCCGUGUUACGGCUGCUGCGCCUGGAACCGAACCACAUCGUCCUGGAAGGGCGGCAGCUGUGCCUCAAGGAACAGCGCAAGAGCCGUUACUGCCUGCGCCAGCCACGGAUCUACACCCUCGACCUGGGAGCGGAGACCGCAUCCAGCAUCGGGAGCUACCACGAGCCCGGCCGGCCGGUGGCCACGACCCUCCCGAGACGCAAUCUGUGGCGGGAAUUCGCCCGCAACCCGCAACUUCGGAUUUUCGCCUACUUGACAGCCGUCAUCUUGACGGUGACUUUGCUUCUCAUCAUCUCCAUCUUCUGGAGCAGACAGUUCUUUGGGGGGUUGGGGUGA